UGGUAACCAGUGUCACAAAACAGUAUGUGUAUUGUUUAAUGAAACACUAGUUUGUUCUGUAAACCUUCAUCUAAAGUACAAUUUAAAAAAAUAAGUACAGAGAGUACAGCCGCUUCCACUUACUGAGCACUUGCUGUAGGACAUACAGCAGCUGUCAAGGUAGGGUGUGUCUCCAUUUUAUAGAUGAGGAAAUGGGCUGUGAUAAAUUGUUUGAAGUCCAGUGGAGGUAUGUAUCAGUUAGCUAUUGCUGUAUAACAAACCAUCCUAAAACAUAGUGGCUUAAAACAAUAAACAAUUAUUAUUGCUUCCAAGUCUCGGAGUCAACAUGGUGUUUCUUCUGGUCUUAGCUGGGCUUACUCAUGUGUCUGCAGUCACCUGUAGGCUGUGUGACUCUCCUGAUCUUUACUGGGGUAGGCUGGCUAUUGGUUUGUCUAGGAUGGCCUCAGCUGGGAUCACUGGCUCUCUUGUACAUGUCUCUCAAUGCACAUGUCUCUCAUUUCCUUCCAGCAGGCCAGCCAUGUUCUCAUGGCACUGGCAAGGAGCAAGAGGGCAAGCCCCCUUUUUAAUCUUCUGUUUGCUUCCUGUUUGCCAGCAUCCCAUUGGCCAAAGCAAGUCACAUGGCUAGGCCUUGCAUCAAAGUCGGAUGGAACUACAAAGUUAGAGGGCAAGGUGCUGGAUACAGCAAGAGACCAUGGGUAGGGAUCAUGAAUGUCAUCAGUCUAACACAGGACACAAUGAUCAUUUUUAACUGGAAAAGAAAGGCUUCACAGAAGAGGGUACACUAUAGCUGAGUACUGAAACAUGAGAGUAUUCACUAAGCGGACAGCUGUUGUUUAGAACUGGACGCAGGCCGUUUUGCCACAAUCAGUAGAAACCCAGCAGGUCUUUCUGUCCUUAGGACAGACAGGGUUUUAUUAUUUGUAUCUUGGCUUCAUUCCUUUUGGUCAAGCACAGGGCAGCAGGCAUACAACAAAUGUUUGUAGAAUUGAAUUGAAUAUCUUAGUGUGAAUGAGGUGUGGACUGAAACAGCUGAACCUUGGAGCCAAUUGUUAGAAAGAACAGCUUAGCAUCAACUCUCCCAAAACAGAAAUUCUUGUAUUUGGCAGUUUCUCAUUCACUCAUCCCACAAACAUUUUCUGAGUGCCUGUUGUAAGCCAGGUUCUGUGCUGAACAAUCAAGAGGACACGACACACACCGACAGCCUGGGCUACUGUUUAAAUGGACAAGACUAAUAACACUUUCCAACUGGCAAAUUUAUCCAGCUACUUGGGGCUCCAUUUUUAAUGCUAACUAAUCCAGAAAAAUGUAUCAGGAGCUGGUGCUACACAAAAUCAGAAGUUCUUAGGAACUGCACUGACGUUCUCUGAUGAUCAAGGAAGCUAAGUGGUAAAAAUCUACCCUCAGAUACUUUAAGCUAAAAUCCAUGUCCAGUGGUACAGAAUCUGGGGUCCUAAUCCAGGAUUUACCUAAGACCUAGGGCAGAAAGUUCUCAGGUAGAAAAGUAUACAGUCCUGCUCAAAGGCAUCAAGCCUCUUGCAGGUGUUGAAGUGGGAUGGGCUUCUGUUUGGGUAAGAACAGAAGCCAGGGUCUUUUGUACAAAAGAAUGUGUUUGUUGACUGCCUGUCAAUUUGACAUCUGAAGAUUCAGGUCUCCCUAGUCCACAGCCCAUGCCCACCAGGCCAGUCCAGCACUUUGCAGAGAAUUCAUCUGCGAAAUGACUCAAACUGGCACUUCCCCAAAGCUCAGUUGAGACUGUUUUUUGAAAAGAUGGCCAUUUUCUAUCCCUCUAAACUUGUUAAAACUCUAUCCUUGCAUAAGUUAAGUCACCAAAAAUUGAUGGAGUUAAUUGUACUAAUUAAGCUAAAACUGAAUUACAAGUUACUAGAUCCGUGGUUUUUAACAGAAAUUCCAUUUUAAGAACAUUUGCUGAUUUGUCUUUGCAUACAGACUAUCUGCUGCUUUGAAUCAAAUGAUGAGAACAGCAUAUUCCAAGGUUUCUGUUUUUUUGCUUUGGCUGCCAGGAAUUUCAAAGCUAAAUAUAGGCUGAGUUUCCUAAAUUCCCUGGUAUCUCUCUCUCCUCCUUUAAUCUGGCUUCUAAUCUUUUCCAUUUUAAAUUUUCUACAUCCGCACUGUCCAGAACAUGUGGCUAUUGAGCAUUUGACCUACAGCUAGUCCAAAUUGAGAUAUGCUGUAAAUAAUAAUUCUUAAUAUUGAUUAUGUUGAAGUGAUAUUUUGGGUUAAAUAAUAUAGUAAAACUUUGUGUCACACACAAAACCCCUUAGUAAAGUUUGCUUUCAGCUCUCUUUUCCUCAGGUGAGUAGUGUUCUCCUGGCUCUUCCUAGUCUCCUGCCAGAUCUGUUCUAGGCUUUACUUAAGCUAACACUGGAAAGCAUCUGAUGAGACAAUUCACACCACAUUGUAAAUGACUGGUAACAUUGUGUUCACCCCUCUUCUUAGGGGGUAUUUCAACAGGGAACAAUCCCUGAACCCGAAGGAAUGAAUCCCUAAUGGUGGAAUUUCAGGCCUCAGUGACAGGUGAGUGAGAGGUAGAUUGGUUUUAUGUGUUUAUGUAUGUUUGACUACGUUCAGGAUGCGGCUGAAAGUAGGGUCUUUGGAUGAAAGGUAAUGAGGUAGACAGAGCUGGGUCAGACUGCAAAGGGCUGUCAUCCAGUGUAGGCCCUUAGGGGUUUGUUAAGCAAUAGAGAGCCCAACUGAUGUCACCAGAGGUUAGGUAACAAGACAGUCUUCCUGGUAACUACAGUGAAGUAAAAGAAAGGGCCUCAGUGUAGGAAUCAGACCAUGUUUGCAGUCCACAACUGACUCACUGGCUUAACUUUGGGCAAGUUCCUUCACCCCUUGGGUUUCAGUUUCUUCAUCUGGAAAAUGGAAAUAGGUGUUCUAUCAAAUGAGGUUUAAGAGAUGUGAUAGUGCUGUGGGAAACAGGCCAUUCUCUACAAAUGCAAGGAACCGGGAUUAGUAUCUUAAAAUGGAAAUGUAGUUGAGCAGGCCUGGAGUAGUGGAGAUUAGAAAGCAGGGGCCAAGGGCUAUGGGGAGGACUAAGGGAAUUACGUCCCUUAUACCUGGAACACCAGUCCUUCUUUAUCUUUGCAGGCUACACUCGGACUCCCAGGGCCCAUGCUUCCACAUGACAUGAUGGCAUGAGAUAUGAACAGACGGGACUAUAUGAAGACUUCAGUGCAGGAGCCUCCCCUUGACUACUCCUUCAAAAGCAUCCACGUCAUCCAAGACCUGGUAAGUGAGGAGCCAAGGACAGGGCUCCGACCACUGAGGCACUCUAAGUCGGGGAAGUCAUUGACUCAGUCGCUGUGGCUGAACAACAAUGUCCUCAAUGAGCUGAGAGACUUCAGCCAGGUGGUCUCACAGCUGCUGGAGCACCCAGAGAACCUGGCCUGGAUUGACCUGUCCUUCAAUGACCUGACUUCCAUUGACCCUGUCCUGACAACUUUCUUCAACCUGAGUGUCCUCUAUCUCCAUGGCAACAGCAUCCAACGCCUUGGAGAGGUAGAUAAACUGGCUGUCCUACCUCGGCUCCGAAGCCUGACACUCCACGGGAAUCCCAUGGAGGAAGAGAAGGGAUAUAGGCAAUAUGUGCUGUGCACCCUUCCCCGUAUCACCACAUUCGACUUCAGUGGGGUGACCAAAGCAGACCGCACCACCGCUGAAGUCUGGAAACACAUGAACAUCAAGCCCAAGAAGGUCCGGAUCAAGCAGAAUGUACUUUGAGUUCCCAGGACCCUAGCAGUCCUAAAGGCCUGAAGAUGGUCAGCUUGGUCUGAUAAUAAAUGAUUUGAGCUGUUCAGCAGAUUCGAAGUUACUCGUAUCUUGUAGAGAUGCCCUCCUACUAAAGCAACUUCCAGAAGCUCUGAUCUUACUUCACUGAAACAGAGAGGCAGACCUGGGUUUGUUGCAUGGCCUUGGAAAAGUUAGUUAGUCUCUCUGGAUCUCUUUUUACUCUUCAGCUCAGAUAUGCUGGGGUUAGAGCUAAUCAGUAUUUCCAAACUCUUCACAAAGUAGAAAGGUUCUGCAGAAAUGCCUGAGGCCUCUGUGAUGGCAGGCCAAGAAGACGGACUGUGAUCUCUAAAUCCUCCUCAA